CCCCUUCCCUAAUUUAACAAUUCCCCUUUUUCACUCCCGCCCUGACCUAUAUUUUCUCUCUCCCGUCUCUCCCAAUUAUCCGGCGAUGCACCGCAGCACAAACGACGCCGUAUCCUUCGAAUUUCCUCCUUCUCCGACCUCCUCCUCCUCCCUAUCCAUCGACGUGGAUGAGUCGUCGGAAACUCGGAUCCGGCGGCUGAUUACAGACCAUCCGGUGAUCAUAUUCAGCCGUUCCUCUUGCAGCAUGUGCCACGUCAUGAAGACUCUCCUCGCCAUCAUCGGUGUCCAUCCUACUGUCAUCGAAGUUGACGAUCACGAUGAAAUCGCCGCUGUUCCUUCUUCGUCUUUCGUUCGAGACAGUUCUGCGCCGGCGGUUUUCAUCGGUGGCGCGAGCUUCGGCGGCUUGGAAUCUCUUGUUGCUCUGCAUCUUAGCGGCCAUCUCGUCCCUAAACUUAUCGAAGUUGGAGCUCUCCCGGUGGGACACGUGCAGUGUUGAGAGUGGGAGAUCACCACAGUUUCCAUGCAGGUGCGAUACAGAGGAUUCAUGCCUUAGGUAUUUUUGUAAAUAUUGGGAAAGUCUUUCGUCGCCACUGUGAAUCUGUGUGCGUCAUCGUAGCCUAAACAUUCUCCCCAAAACCAAUGGAGUAUUUUUCCCUUUUUUGUUUUCAACUUUCUAUUGUGUAAUAUAUUCUUUUUUAAGAAAAAGAAAUAUAUGAAUUUGGUUUUGAUAUUACUUUUCUUUGCA